AUGGAGUUCUCUUCCAAGCCUUUGACACAACUUGUCGGAUCCAACGGACCGGUCCACGCAUUAACCUACUCAUCUUCUCCCUCGACCUACAUCCUAACUGGCUCUGCUGACCGCAAUAUUCGACUAUAUAAUCCUUCGCGCCCCGCAGCUUCUUCUCAAGCUACUGCUCCUCAUCAACCUCCUAAACCGACCCAAUUAAUCCAAACGUAUUCUGCGCAUGGCUAUGAGGUCCUGUCCAUUGCAGUCGCUUCUACAAAUGCUACAUUCGCUUCAUGUGGUGGGGAUCGCAGCGUGUUUCUCUGGGAUGUACAGACUGCAAAGACGAUCAGGAAGUUCGGUGGGAAUAAUGGGCAUACAGCUCGGGUUAACAGUGUAGUAUUUGCAGGAAGCGAGGAGAGUUUGUUGAUCAGUGGUGGGUUUGAUAGAAGUGUGAGGAUUUGGGAUAUCAGGGCAGGCAACAUGAAACCCGUCAUGAUCAUGGAAGAUGCCAGGGAUAGUGUCAGCGCUGUUUUGGCAGGGAAAGGUGGAGAUGAGGGAUUUGGGAGUGGGGAGUGGGAGAUUGUUAGUGGGAGUGUGGAUGGAAGGGUUAGGUGGUACGAUAUUAGGGCGGGGACUUUAGAGACGGAUGUAAUUGGGGCGAGUGUAACGAGCUUGAUGAGAACAAGGGAUGGUAGAGGUGUCCUGGUGGGAAAUUUGGAUGGGUGUGUUAGGCUGAUGGAUAGGGAGGGUGGGGCAUGCUUGAAAACUUAUAAAGAUGAGGGAUUUAAGAAUGAGGAGUACAGAGUCAGAAGUUGCUUCGGUGGCAAUGAGAAGUGGGUGCUAUCAGGGAAUGAAAAUGUUAAGGGGCCAGAUGGAGAAGUUGUAGUUUGGGAAACAUUGACUGGAAAUGUUUUGCACAGGAUUAGGGUUGAGGGUUUGACAGCAGAGGGGAAGAAAAAGAUUGGUCGAGAUGGAAAGGAGAAGGAAAGGACGAAUGUUAUCAGUGCCGUCGCCUGGAAGGAAAAUGGUAGAGGAGAUCAAUGGUGCUGUGCUGGUACCGACGGGGUGGUCACUGUUUUUGGACCUCCAUAA